GCGCACCUAUCGUAAAUACUCAGUCGUGUUAUAGCCUUGCUGUGGUACUGUCGUGAACUAGCAAUCAUGUCGAAGGUGGACCUCUACUACUUCCCCCUGAAGGCUCUGGGCGAGCCCGCGCGUCUGCUACUGGCCUACAACGACGUCCAGUUCAAUGACCACCGCCUGACCAAGGAUGAGUGGGCAAAGUUCAAGCCCAGCACGCCUUUCGGUCAACUGCCCAUGCUGGUGAUUGACGGUAAGAAGUAUACCCAGAGCAUGGCCAUAUCGCGCUACCUCGGCCACAAGUACGGCCUGGCUGGAGACAGCCUGGAGGACAGCUUCCAGAUCGACCAGAAUGUCGACUUCUUCUAUGACAUUCGUCUAAAAGCUUACACCACCCAUCAUGAGAAAGACGAAGCGGCCAAAGCAGCUAAGCACGAGGCUCUAGUGAAAGACUACUACCCCACGGCUCUAGCUAAGCUGGACGAGCUUAUCAAGAAGAACAACGGACAUCUGGCUCUAGGAAAGCUGACCUGGGCAGACUUCCUGUUCGCUGGUGUCUACGACCACUUCAAGGUGAUACUCCAGAUGCCGGACCUGGACACCAGGUACCCCAGCUUCCGACAGGUCUACGACACCGUCUACAGCCUGCCCAAGGUCAAAGCCUUCAGCGAGAAGGCACCGAAGUCUGUGUCCGGAUCCAUGGGCACCGUCCUCCACUACUUCGACGUGAAGGGCCUGGGCGAGGCGCUGCGGCUGCUGCUGGCGUACGGCCGGGAGCCGUUCACCGACCACCGCGUUACCUUCGCCGAGUGGCCCACUUUCAAGACUUCGACGCCCCUGCAGCAAAUGCCCGUGCUAGAGAUGAACGGGCGAGUGUACACGCAGAGUUCUGCCAUCGCCAAGUAUUUGGGCCGGAAGUACGGCCUCGUCGGCCAAGACCUGGAGGAGGACUUUAAGAUCGACGAGAGUCUGGAGUUUCUGGGAGAUAUACGAUAUAGAGCCAGCAUGGUCCACUAUGAGCCUGACGCGGCGGUGAAGGCGCGGAAACACGACACCUUCAGCAAGGACUUCUACCCCCGAGCCCUUAAGGAGCUGGACAGGAUCAUCCGGGAGAACGAUGGACAUUUAGCCCUUGGAAGGCUGACCUGGGUAGACUUUGUGUUUGCGGGCAUGUUCGACUACCUGAAGGUGAUGCUGCAGAUGCCAGACCUGGACGUCCAGUACCCUAGCUUCCGGCAGGUCGUGGACAACGUGUACAGCAUACCCCACGUCAAGACCUGGUGCGACACCGCCCAGAAGUCUGAACUUAACUUUUGAUUUU